AUAGAAGAGAAGAGGGUGGGGGGGUGAAAAUGUUGAAUAUUAUUAACCAUGAAAAGAAGUGUUUUAUUUAUUUUUUUUAAUUUGCCAAAUCUCAAAAGAGUUAGAAUAUGCCAUAUAGUGAAGCCAAAUGGGUUGGAUCUACUAUAUCUAUGCUAGCUAGGUUUAAAAAUUUGGCCCUCCCAAGUUCCCACAUUCUUACCAUUUGUCCCUACCAAAACACCCUCCACUCUCCAAACAAUUGCCCUUUCCUUAAUCCCCUUUGCCCUCCUAUUACCCUAUACUACUUAUUCAUCACAAACCAUAUUGUUUUCCAACUCAAAUAAUAACCUUACAAAAAUGUAUCCUCCCAAAAAAAAAACAUAGUACAAAUUUCACUCGUUGCAAGUAACAGCCACAGCGUUUCGACGAAUGUGAACAGCUAUAAAUUAGUACGAUCCCUCAUAAACAUGCUAAUCAAUGCAGCCAAAAAAUGCGAUUCUACGUAGAAGCGCAUAAUUAAAGUGACACGGAGAAGGGUAAAAGCGUAAAAUUUCAAGUUUCAAAGUGAAUUUAACUACAUUAGUAAGGGGAAAGCACGAUUCCAGAUAGAAGCGUUUUGGUAACAUAAAACCGUAAGAAUGUUUUUAAGUUUUUAAAGUUCCAAACACCUCACGCACGUAGUAGUGAACUUAACUACGAGCACACACGAUAUUUGUUGAGAAUCAAGGUUAUAAUUGGUCUUCAACAUGUCAUUGAUUAGCUUCCCGUAUUCAAAUCCAGCUGGGUUUAUAGUUAUAUUAUACACACAAAAACGUGAGUAGUAUUAAUUGUUCAGCAGCGUAGCUAGCUUCCCCUGUUUCCCCGAGGAGGUUAAAACGAACAGGGUACGCAGCAGCAAGCAGUAGUAGUGGUUUUAAUUAGCGAGACAAAGACUUGUACAAUGAAAGAAUGCAUUAUUAAACUUGUCAUAAGAGGCAAACGUGUGGGUGCCCCCUUUUUUUCCCCCCCAACUCGAGAGAGGAAAGAACCUAAUAGCAGCUAGUAAACCAGAGCAGGGGAAACAGAGAGAGAGAGAGAGAGAAGCUAAUGAAAAGAAGAGAGGUGUGACAGAGACAUGUAAGGGGAAGAAAAAGAGACUGAAAGUGGCAUAUAGACCGAAGAAAAAAAGAGAGAAGAGAGAAGAAGGCGAUGGCGGUGGUGGAAGUGGUGGUGGGCACAGAUAUGGAGCCGUGUCGGCCGGGAAUCGGACUCUCUCUCUCUCUCUCUCACUCGAUGGUUCUUCAUCAGUGAAUUCAAUUGCCUGUUCCUUCCUAGACCUUCAAUCUUUCGUAUUGAGUUAAUUAACCCCACUCUCUCUCUCUCUCUAGAACUGUUCUUUACCACGGUUUGAACAAUGAUGCCAACUAACCAACCAACCAACCAGAGCUCGUUUUUCUGAGAGACCAGGUUUUCAGCUGAGACCUCAUCAGAUGCACGCACGUGAGGCUGUAAAAUUAACCUCGUGCACGUGCCGGUUUCCCCUCUCGAAACCAAUCCGCGGUGCCGAGGGAUUAACCGCGAGCAAGCGUCGGCACGCGGGCUGGUACGUUUUAGAGAGUUUUGGGCGUGCGUCGAUAUGCAUGCAAUCUUCGAGAAGAUUGCAUGCAUGUGGUUACUUAAUUAUAUGGAUGUACAUGAGUUAUAACGAGACAUGCAUCUCCAACGACAUAGAUUGUGAUGCUUGCAAUGCAUGCACUAUUCCAACAUCUUUAGCAGCAACCAUCGACACUUGUAUCGGGUUGCAUCCAAUAUGCUAACAAAUUUUUAUUAAGCAUAAUCUAGAAUCACGAUUAUCGGAUAUUAUCCUAGUAAACUAGGAUAGUAUGAAAAACUUAUACAUCGACCCGCCGCACCCGAUUAAACUCAAUGUUUUAGAAAUCGUAUAGUCUACCGGCCGAUCGGAUCGAAAAUACAGGGUAUCGGACUCCAAAUCGGAAAAUGAUUUUAGCGGUACAAGAAAAAAAAGAGAGAAGAAAACAUUCGACCACUAAUUUUUCCGAUAUAACUUCCAAUACUUUUUCACAAGAAAUGCUAAGCCGGGCUUUGUCUGUUUUGAAUCUAGAAUUGAGAAUGAAAAGCAAGGAGAGGGGCUAAGUAGAAAGAAAGAGGGAGAAGAAGACAGACAUAGAGAGAGAGAGAGGGGAGAGAGAAAAUCUAAUUGAUUGACAACACCAUUCAUUCAUCCCCACUGACUGUCUUAUGAUUUCAAGCCCCUCGAUUUGACGUUUGACUUGUCUUUUCACUUCCCUCUCUUGUCUUUUCACCUCUCUCUCUCCUCUCUCUCUCUCUGCCACUCUCUCUUUCCUUCCACACAAACUCCACAAUCACAAUGCUGUACCCUCACAAUCACAAAUAGCCAUAUACUCCCAACAAGGCAACAACUUAUAAACAUCCCACCCUCUUCCCAAACCAACAAAAAAGAUGCAAUCUUUAGACCCAAAUCACAAAAAUCUCCCCCAUAAUUAACCCUAUAACAGCCGAUGAUUGUAUCUCGUCGAAUCACAUAUCAGAAUGAGUCGUCAAUCCAAACCCUACACAAACCCAAUUGUCAUUUCUAGUUGUGUAUGGUUUUGGAAGAAAGGGAAAGGAGCAAGAGGAGGGUAUCUUUACAGAAAAGACGGGUGAAUGGCUGUUACAAGUCACUCUUGACAAUCAGUAUGCUUGUUGGCCGGGCAGAAAAAGGAAAGGUCGAAGCAGCAAAACAAAGGUGGUAGCUUUGCAGGAUUAGGGUUUUUUGAUAAUGAAGCAAAGCACUUUCGGCAAGAGAUCUCUGUACUUUGGUUCAAGCAUGAAUCAACAUAAGAAUGGAUGGAUGAUAAUGAUGAUAUUGUUGUUUUGGACAUUACAAGGAAGACAUAUAAGUUGGAGAUUGUUGAUUAGCUUUUCUAAGUUUGGUAAUAUGUGAUCAUGAAACGAAGAAAAAAAGGGUUUGUUUCAAACCUUUGAAUUCCCCCCUUUUUUUGCAUGCCUGAAAAUGGGAUGUUGAUAGAUAGAUCUCAUCGCUUGUAGGAUCUCUGACCCGAAAACAGUUUCUUUCUUUUCUUGAUUUGGUUCUUUUGAUGGUGUGUUUUUAUGGGUUGAUGACUAAUGAGGUUAAUUAGGGAGUUUGGAUUAGGGGGGGGGGGGGGGGGGUCCAAUCAUUGGAUUCUUAUUUUGAUGUUCAAUUUUGGCAAGGUGAUGGGGAGACUUACAUGGGAUCCUAUAUAUAUAGCUAGAUUUGGUGAUUAACUUGUCUAAUAGUAGUGGUCAUUUGUCAUUCUAAACUAACAUUAAAAGGGAGUAUAAAGGACAAGUUAUAAGUUUUGUCUAAGGGUGAAUUAGAUCUUUUGUGGGAUCAAACAAACUACAUUAAGGUUGUCAGUCUCGUCGGUAAUGUCGUUAGAUCAUAUUAAUGAACAAUUAUUGGCAUCUUACUCGUACCUAUAUAUGAUGAAUAUUGUUAUUAUCACUCGACAUGUUACUUGGCAGACCAUACACGGUCACUAGCUUACUCUUAUAUGAUAUGACGUAAUAUCUUUUGAUUGACUAGACUGAUACACACAUUCAAUAUUGAGCAUAUUAACGAUGAUGUACACAUUUGAUGCCUCCGUAUCUCUCGUAUUUAGUAUAAUUAAAGGUUAGGAACGUCUACCUUUCAAACAUCUUAUUUCCCCAACAACAAAAGUUAUUAUGUCGUAUCAUCUUAUGCCAAGUGUGUUAUUUUCUAUAAGUAUGUGUAUUAAUAAUAUAGUUACGUCCUCUACUAUUCCGUAAUGAGAUACAUUUUGGACUAUAUAUGAAAGCCAGCAAUCGGAGAUCAGAGAUGAUAUCAAUAAUAUAUAUUUUCCCCCAUUAAUAACACCCAUAGAAAGAGAACCGGCCUCAUUGUUCUGUCCCCUAAAACCCUUUCUCAUUACUUGUCUUUUUUUCCCUUAAUUAUAUUGUUACAUGGAAAAAUCCAUGUGAUCUCACAAAGCAUAGUCUACUACAAACAUGGUUGGAACAUUUCAUGUAUAUGCACUUGAUCUCAUUUCGUUAAUGUAUUAGGUUGUGGUUAGGAGUUGGGACAAAUUAAUUAUUAAAUUACAUUUUGCUUCCAAUAAUUGAAAAGGGUUCAUUCCCUAAUGUUUGUAUUGUUGGCUAUGGGUCAUGUUUAUGUGGUCGAGCCUGAUUAUUACUACAUAUAUUCACCCAAAUUUCAAUAUUUACAACAAAAAUAUUCCACAAAAACUAAUCGUAAGUUUUGGAGUAGCAAAUAUUUCAUAAAAAUAAUCUUUUUAAGAAAACGGUUCAAUAGUAUCAUAUAUUUGCAUACAUCCACAAAAAAAUGAAAAGUAGAAUCGAUUAUCAAUUGUUCGCACCUUCGCAUUAAGGAUCUAUUUUCUUAUGUGGUAUAGCACAUUUUGGAGGGAGUGGUUGUAAGACAAAGGUUUUGCUUCUUAGUUGAACAAAUUUAUUGUUAGGAAAACUCUUUCCCGAUGGGGGCAUCAAAUGAUCAUCCUAUCAUUCUACCAAAAAAAAAAAAAUGAUCAUCCUAUCAUAACUUUUGGAGUUCAGUUAGUGGCACAACAUCUGAUUCCCAAACUAUAUAUAUUUACUAAAUUUGUCCGACGAUGUAUCUUCAAAAUGAUUAUUUAGAUAAAUUGGUUCAAACUUUGACGAUUUUCACGUACAAGGCCCCCCCGGAUCAGAUAGCAUAACAUGCUCAUUAAUUGUCACUAUUUGUUUCAUACCAUAGUCAUGUCAAUUCCCUGUGCUUUCAAAGAAAAAUGUAUACAUGUA